UCGGUUCGCAACCCGAGAGACGACCGAGGGCCCGCCCCGCGGAAGCGCGCCAGGCCAGGCGCGGGGGCGGAGGGACCCCUGGAGUCGCGGGGAGGCCCUUUGCGGGAGCCCGUGGUGACUGGAAGAGGAGCCGGCCGCGUGGGCGCCCAGCAUGGAUGGCUACACUGUCCUGCGUGUGAUCGGGGAGGGAUCCUUUGGCCGAGCCCUUUUGGUUCAGCAGGAAAGCAGCCCUCGGACGUUUGCCAUGAAGGAAAUCAGGCUUCCCAAGUCUUCCUCUGAGACACAGAAUUCCCGGAAGGAGGCUGUUCUGUUAGCCAAAAUGAAACACCCCAACGUCGUGGCCUUUGAAGAAUCAUUUGAAGCUGAAGGACACCUCUACAUCGUGAUGGAGUAUUGUGAUGGAGGGGACCUCCUGCAGAAGAUUAAGCAUCAGAAGGGAAGGCUGUUUCCUGAGGAUACGAUCCUUAAUUGGUUCACACAAAUGUGCCUCGGAGUCAACCACAUUCACAAGAAGCGUGUGUUGCACAGAGACAUCAAGUCCAAGAAUAUCUUCCUCACCCAAAAUGGAAAAGUGAAACUGGGGGACUUUGGAUCCGCCCGUCUCCUGUCCAGUCCCAUGGCGUUUGCUUGCUCCUACGUGGGAACGCCUUACUACGUGCCCCCGGAGGUCUGGGAAAACAUGCCUUACAACAACAAGAGUGACAUCUGGUCCCUGGGCUGCACUCUGUACGAGCUCUGCACCCUGAAGCACCCGUUUCAGGCAAAGAGUUGGAAAAGCCUUAUCCUCAAAGUAUGUCAGGGGUCCGUGAGCCCGCUGCCAUCCCAUUAUUCCUAUGAGCUUCAGCAUCUCAUCAAGCAGAUGUUCAAAAGGAGCCCCGCCCACCGCCCCUCCGCCACCACACUCCUCUCCAGCUGCGCAGUGGCCCGGCGCAUCCCAAAGUGCCUCACCCCGGAGAUCAUCGCAGAAUAUGGUGAGCAGGUGUUAGAAGAAACCAAGAAAUCUAAGCAUAGCAUAUCACGAAAGAAGGGUAAGAAUUUUGGAAAGCUUUUUCUUUUUUUUAAAUUAAGUGUUCUUCUGAAAUUACAAGAGUCACUUUCACAGCCGACUGUCGUCUUCAAGUUAAACAUUCAGUGCUGUUUUUGGGAGAAUGUGAACCUCUCUAGGGGUGUCAGCCCUCAGUCUUGUAACUCCGCCCUUUCCCCAUGGCGUGCCAGGACUGUGCUCAGCGUCCCCUUUUGCGUUUUAGGACCCAAGUGCGAGCCCUUGCGGCCGAGGAAAGCCGGCCCAGCAAGUCCUCCCCGGCGCCAGUGGGAGAGAACCGCACCCGCGGCCGCGCUCGCCGCUCUGGGGGCUGCCUCCAUCCUCGCCUCCAGCUUCCCCGCAGAGGACGACAGAGGCGGCUCUGUCGUCAAGUACAGUGGAAACAGUGCCCGUAAGCAGUGGCUCAGAGAGCCCCCCGAAACGCUGCUGAACCUCCUGGAGAACGCUGACCUCGGCCUGGCCUUCCGGACGUACACCAUACACAGACCAGGCUCAGAAGGGUUCUUGAAGGGUCCCCUGUCUGAAGAAACGGAAGCGUCAGAUCAUGUUGACGGGGGCGACGAUGCUGUCGUUUGCGAUCCGGAGAGGCUCGAGCCUCGACUGGAUGAGGAGGACACGGACUUUGAGGAGGAAGAUGAGUUCGACUGGGUGUCAGAACUGAAGCAGCGAGCUGGCCGGCCAGGGGCGUCCGAUGUCUGAUGUCCGAUGCCCAAGGAGAGUCCCGUGCCUCAGUCCCACUGAGUGUGUGUUUAAAGCAAGGAAUUAAUGUCUGGAUAAUAUUCACUCACGGAAGGUAGAUUCCCUUGGAAACAGAAAAAAGUGGGGUGUGGGGAGGACUGUGAAUAUUUAAAACUGUUCCUGAUUCGUAUUAUGAGGUUUGAAAAAUCUGCAGUAAGGUGAACUGUGAACUUCUGUGCCACUGAAUUUUAGCAAACAUUCCAUGAGACGAUUGAAAGGCAUGUCCCAUGUUUGAAAUGCAAACUCAUAAACUCCGCGCUGGGAUCAC